GCUUCUUGUCUCCGAACAAUCAUCAUCUUCCACAGACUUCAGCCACUUUCGCGUUUAUUCCUUCCCAAACACUUCCCCGACAUAUUUUCCACUAGUUCUAUCUCUGUCAAUUAACCCCUAAGUAUGCGAAUUAAUUUGGUCCAGUUUGAAAUUUAACCGACAUGAUUGGAAUGUUUAGUCAAAAAAUAUGCCUUCACCGUCAAAGUCGGGAAAGUCAAAAGGAGGUGCUUCACAAGCGCAGACACAAGAUGCACCAGCACCAGCACAGAGAACACUGCAGACAAGGAGUCAGCGCGCCGGCCUUCAGUUCCCUGUAGGACGUAUACACCGUUACUUGAAGCAACGAACACAACAUAAUGUCCGAAUCGGUGCAAAAGCAGCAGUAUACACGUCUGCGAUUCUUGAAUACCUAACUGCAGAGGUGCUUGAACUGGCGGGUAAUGCUUCCAAAGACCUGCGUGUGAAGCGUAUAACGCCGCGACAUUUGCAACUUGCUAUCCGAGGUGAUGAGGAACUCGACACACUUGUCCGAGCGACAAUUGCUGGAGGAGGUGUACUGCCAUUCAUUCACAAGAGUCUCACUGUGACAGGGAAGGGCAAGAAACCUCAGGAGGUUACACAGUGAUUCAGAGUCCGAUGUUAGUGUUGGGGGUCUGGAUUCUUACGAUUCAUCGAGGAUGGAGAGUUCGUCGCUUUUCUGUUCUUUACUAGUUUCUGACUAUCUAACGUAUUUUGUAUCUGUGGUCAUGAUGGCAAUAUGUACUAAUUUCUUGCUUGGCGAGAUUUGACUCGU